AAGGCAAUGGGGAGAUUUACUGCCGAGGAAACAACAAACACGGGACUAUAAACGUGUUUACAAAUCAACCAAUUAAAGUUGUAUUCUGUUUUCCCCGUAACCUGUUUUUAUACAGUCUAUGAAUCUGACGCGUAUCGUUACUGAAACGUACUUACCCCAGGUUUGCGUCACAUCUGAUAAAUCUAUAACGCGUUGGACAGAAUUUAGGGUGAUACACUCCCUCAGUAUCAGCACUGAACAGUGAACACACACUUUACACGAAAUGUCUCUAGUCAAGCAGAAUCUUCACCCGAAUAAUGAGGCAAACAUCAACAAACUGGUCAACCUCAAACUGACGGCCUCAUACGUGUAUCUCUCAUUGGGAAUGUAUUUUGACAGAGAUGAUGUGGCUCUGCCAAACUUCUCAAAGUUUUUCCUGGAGCGUUCACUGAAGGAGCGGGAUCAGGCGGAGCACUUGCUGGAGUAUCAAAACACAAGAGGAGGACGAAUCGUUCUGCAGACCAUUGCAAAGCCCAGUCGUGAUGAUUGGAAAGGAGGUAUGGAGGCUCUCACUUUUUCUCUGGACCAUCAAAAGUCUCUUAACCAAUCUCUGCUGGAGGUCCAUAAAGCAGCUGGAGAAAACUCUGACCCUCAUCUGUGUGAUUUCCUAGAGAGCAACUUCUUUACUGACAGUCAUGACACCAUUAAGAUGCUGGGUGACUACGCUGGCAGCCUGAGUCGCCUCAUCUCUUCUGACCCGCAUGGAAAAAUGGGAGAGUACCUGUUUGACAAGCACACUCUCUGAUCCGCUCUGAUCUGAGUUUUGUUGUCAACAUUCCGUUAAACAAUAUGUGCAUUGUAGGGGUAGAACGGUACACUGAUGUCACGGUUCGAUACGUACCUCGGUUCGGGGGUCACAGUUCGAUACGAUUUCGGCAGUA